AUGGAAUUUGGCACAGGGGCAGUCGCAGUAACCGCGCAUAGCAAAAUUGGCUAUGAAAUAGCUAAGAAUCACCACGUUCCUUUACUGCAAGUUAUUAAUGAGAGUGGGCUUAUAAAAAAUUCUGAAAAUUUUAAUGAUGUAAUGCAAUUCAAAUGUAGACAAGUGUUGAUCGAAAAGUUGUAUGAAAUGGGAUUGCUGAAAGAAGUACUGCCAUACCAAAUGAUGUUACCAGUAUGCACUCUUACUGGAGAUGUGAUAAACUAUUUGCCAAAAGAACAAUGUUUUUUGUCUUGCCGCCAAUUGAAUGAAAAAGCAGCUGAAGUUGUAAGAACUGGAAAGUUAAAAAUUCUGCCAGAAAGGUAUAUUCAAAAUUGGCUAGAUUUGACAGGAAAUGCAAGUGAUUGGUGUAUAUCACGACAGUUGUGGUGGGGACAUCAAAUUCCUAUGUACAAAUGUACUACUGACGAAAAAAGUGUAUGGGUUGCCGCAGAUGAUAAGAAUGCAGCACUAAUGGAAGCUUUUGUAUUGCUUGAAACAUUACCAAACUUAAUUAAAAUUGAACGUGAUAAAGACGUUUUAGAUCCUUGGUUUACAUCUAGUGUUUAUGCCUUUUCGGCACUGGGAUUUCCUCGGGGCUACCAGCGUAGAAAUGUUCUAGAAAGUUUUCCCCUAAAUCUAACGGUUGCAGGGCAGGAUUUGUUAGAACUUUGGGUCCAUAGAAUGGUGAUCCUCAAUCUGGCACUUACGGAUAAAUUGCCGUUCAAUAAAGUUCUUGUGCACGGCACUGUAUGCGAUAGCGAUGGUGCGAAAAUAUGUAAACAAAGAGGUAAUAUGAUUGAUCCUGAUGAUGUAGUAUAUGGUGUUCCGUUUGACGCCCUUACGUACAGAUAUGAAGAAAUGCAAAGGGAAGGACUUUUGAGUAAAGCUGAAUUGGAUAGAAUAUCUAAUUAUUAUGAAGCAAACUUUGCAAACACAGAUGGUAUUCCCCGAUGUGGAGCAGAUGCUCUAAGAUUCACUCUGCUGUCGCAAGAUAUAAAAUCGGAUACUAUCAAUUUUAACAUAGCUUCAUGUUAUGAAAACAAACUAUUCUGCAAUAAAGUAUGGCAGUGUGUUAUUAAAGCACAACAAUACUAUGAAAAACUUAAGAAAACGGACGAGAAAAUAACGAUUAGAGAUCUCACAUAUUUUGAUAAGUGGAUACUUAGUAAAUUAGCAAAUAUGGUAUAUCAAGCAAACAAGUCUAUAGCUAGUUACGAUUUCCAUGUGGCUGCCAAAGCGUUAAAAACUUUCAUUGAUAAAGAAUUGUGUGACGUUUAUAUGGAAGGCACAAAACUAGACUUUGAAAAUAAAAAUCCGAAACAAGCAUACGCCUAUGCACACACAAUGUCAGUAGCGUUAAAUACAUCAUUGAGGUGUUUAUCGCCUUUUAUGGUACAUUUAACAGAUGAAUUAAUACCAAGAGUACCUGGAUUUAGGUUUAAUAUUAUACACAAUUUUAAAGACACUUCUAACAAAGUUUUAAAUUAUCCUAAAUACGCUGAUUUCAAAGUAUGGAAGGAUGCUGCUGUAGAAAAGAGAGUUGGGGAACUAUUGAGUGCUGUAAAAGUAGUGAAAAAUAUUAAGGGACUUUAUAAUAUAACAUCUGAGCUUGUGCCAUGUGUUUAUAUUAAUACCGAAAAGUAUAACCUAAAGUCGGACAUAUUAAAUAAUAAAAAUGUCGUUUUAAAUUUAACGCAAUGUGUUGACGUCAAAUUUGAAGAACCGCCUAGGGAAAAUAUCAUCAAAACUAUGUUUGACCAAAACACGGAAAUUGCUGUAGCGCUGGAGAAAGAAGAAGCUCGACAAAUACUAACUGUUGCAAGAUAUAAACUGGAGAAGAAAAUAGAAAGAUUAGAAGUUAUUUUAUCGAAUUUGAAAGUCAAAUAUUCCAGCGAAGAGUACUUGAGAAAAACGGCUCUUGAUGUGCAGUUGGCAGACAGAGAGAGGUUAGAAGCGAAAAAGAAAAAAUUGGAAGAUUUGCAAAAACUAUUGUAA